AAGUUGCGGGAUGCCUCGCAUUGUUCAACAGAAAGCUGGGCUGAUCGUAUGUGCCUGGGUUCAGAGAGACUGCCCCUGACUACGGAGGCUUUGUGACAGUAGUGGGGUUCACCCCGGUUUGGGUGAACCGGUAGAGGAAGUGGCAGGAGGCUCUGCCCACCCGCCCGGAUGUCAUCAUGCUCUGCGCAAACCGUAGCGAAGGUAUUUCAUGACCCAAUUAGGCUAACAUCCUCAGCGCUUGAAGAAGUGGAAGGAAGAGGAGGAAAAGGACUGUAGGGCCCAUGGUGCUCUCUGAGCUGGGUGCUUUUCUUGCCGACGUGUCAGCACCGAACUAGCGAACAUCGUCAGCGCUUCAAGGAAAUGGAGUUGGAGAGGAGGGGGAGGACUUGGUGCUCUCUCAGCUUGGUCGUUUCCCUCCAGACAUUUCACGACCCAACUAGGCUGAUCCGUUGGGACUCGGAGUACUUUCAGUUUGGAGAAGGGAACCAGGAGAAGAGGCCUCGUAAAGUGGAGUUGCGGGACAGGCAGAAAUUCAACAGGGGCAGCUGCCCUUCCUUUACUUGGUUUCGCUGAGUGGCCUUGACAGGAAUGUCGGCUUCUUAUUGAAUGGCCCUCAAUUGCCUUCAAUUUGCCCCAAAAUGCAGUUCAAAGGGAUGCCGAGAUCUUGGAUGGUUCGCCAAAUUUUCACGCCAAAUUCAGCCCGAGGCUACAGUGGGGACGCUUGGAGAAAAUUGGCUUUUUUAAACAACCCCGAUUUGAACCGAACGAGGCAGAAUAGAAUCGCCGGAUUCCCAGGAAUUCAAGGAUGUGGUUUCCCGUUAUUAGGAAAAGCCGCUGGUUUGCAAAGAGAAACGAGGGAAAAGAAGAAUUUUUGGAGACAGCAGAGCACUCGGUCCUGCCCGGAAGCCCCUUCACCCUUGGUGUACAAAGUUCGCGUCGCUACCGGGAAACUUUGGGGUUCGGGCACCUUCGACUCCGUUUCCAUCACCCUGGUGGGCUUAAAGGGGGAGAGCCCCAGGCAGCUCUUGGAUAAGACCGGGAAAGACUUCAUCCCCGGGGCGGUGGAUGACUAUGAAAUCUCGAGCGAUCGUGACCUGGGUCCCCUGCUUUUCAUCCGGCUCCAUAAGGAACCCUAUCAAUUUUUCCCAGAAGAUUCGUGGUUUUGCGACUUCGUCCAGCUGACCACCCCGGAUGGCCAAAAUUUCCAUUUUCCUUGCUACCGAUGGAUCGAGGACGACCAGCCCCUGGAGCUGAGAGAGGGCACAGGCAAAUUGAUCUGUGAUGACGGCGAGAACGCCUGCCUACUGAGACACAGGACGGAAGAGCUGAGAAACAGGCAGGACACCUACAGGUGGGCUGAAUUCGCUCCCGGCUUGCCCCGGUGCGUGGCGGUGGAGAGCAUCGAGGAGAUGAACACGAACAUCAAGUUCUCCUUGACCAAGAUAAGCACCUUCAUGGCGCGUUCAAAACUGACGCGGUUGGAGUUCAGGUUAAAAGGCUUAAUGAACUACCACCAUUCCUGGAAAAGACUGGAGGACAUCCGCAAGAUUUUCUGGUUCAACAAGACCUUGGUUUCAGAGUACGUUGCUGAUCACUGGCUAGAAGACGCCUUCUUUGGCUACCAGUAUCUGAAUGGGGUCAACCCUUUGGUGAUUGAGAAGUGUACGGAGAUCCCGGCCAACUUCCCUGUGACCCAGGAGAUGGUCGCUGAGUCUCUUGGAAAAGCCACCACUCUCUCGGAAGAAUUGCAGAAGGGGAACAUCUUCAUAGUGGACUACAAGAUCCUCCAAGGAAUCCCGACCAAUGUCAUCGGAGGUGAACAGCAGUACCUGGCUGUCCCUGUGUGUCUCUUCCACCAGACAUCGUCCGGCAAUCUCGUCCCGAUAGCAAUUCAGCUCAGCCAAAUCCCGGGUGACGAGAGCCCCAUUUUCCUUCCCAGUGACCCGCACUGGGAUUGGACCUUGGCUAAGAUGUGGGUCCGCAAUGCCGAUUUCCAGAUCCAUCAGAACAUCUCCCAUCUCCUAAAGACCCACCUGAUGGCUGAGAUCUUUACUAUGGCCACUCUACGGCACUUCCCCAUGUGCCAUCCGGUGUUUAAGCUCCUGAUUCCACACGUAAGAUACACGCUCCAGAUCAACAUACUAGCCAGGAUACGCCUGAUCAAGAAAGGUGGCAUGAUGGAUCAGGCCACCUCAGCCGGAUAUGAAGGAAUCGGUUCCUUGGUGAACCGAGGGGUUCAACAGUUGACCUACUCUUCACUUUGCCUGCCGGAGGACAUCAAGGCUCGUGGAGUUGACUCUGUCGCCAACUAUUAUUAUCGAGAUGAUGCCACCAAGAUCUGGGCCGCCAUAGAGAGCUUCGUGGCAGGCUUUGUCAGAUACUAUUACUGGAAUGAUGACCGGAUCAAAGGAGAUUCCGAGCUCCAGGCCUGGGUUUUGGAGAUCUUCAAGGAAGCAUUCCAAAGCCGAGAGGCGUCGGGGGCUCCCUCAACUCUGUCGACCGCGGAGGAGCUCACCAAAUUGCUGACUGUGGUCAUUUUUACCUGUUCAGCUCAACAUGCUGCGGUCAACAGUGGGCAGUUUGACUACGGCGCCUGGAUGCCAAACAUCCCUCCGACCAUGAGGAGACCCCCGCCGACCGUGAAGGGCUCUGCGUCACUGGAGGGCAUCCUCGAGACCAUUCCGCAGGUCAACGUUACCUGCAUUGCUCUCUCUUCCCUCUGGCUCCUGAGCAAGGAAGCAGGGGAUCGGCGACCGUUGGGGUUCUACCCAGACCGCCAUUUUGUGGAAGAGGAACCCGAGAGGCUGAUGGAGACCUUUCGAAACCGCCUGGCGGACAUUUCCACGCAAAUCAACCAGCGGAACCGGUCGUUGGCUCUCCCCUACGAUUACCUCAACCCGCCCUGCGUGGAGAACAGUGUCUCCAUCUAGAGUUGGGGAUGGAGACGGACAAAAUCCAGAGAGAUCCGGCGUUCGGUCUCACCCGAUUGGCCCAUCCAGCGGGAUUCUUUCGGGAAUAACCAAGAGUGGGAAGGGACUUUGGAGGUCUUCUAGUCGAACCCGUGCUCGAACAGAUACCCUGCGGGGGCAAACGGCUGUCCGGUAUCUUCUUGAAGACCUCCACUGAUGAAGCACCCACAACUUCCGGUGGCAGGCAGCUCCACUGGCUAAUUGUCUUCACUGACGGGAAAUUUCUCCUUAGUUCUCGGGGGCUUCUCUCCUUGAUUAGUUUCCAUCCGUUGCUUCUUGCCCUGCCUUCGGGGGCUUUGGAGACUAGGUUGACCCCCCCCCUCUUUUUUUGGGACAGCCCCCCCCCAAAUAUUGGAAGACUGCCAUCAUGUUAUCCCUAAUCCUUCUCUUUGUUAGACUAGACCAGAGGUGUCAAACUCAAGGCCCGGGGUCCAAAUCCGGCUUGGGGAUGCUUAGACCUGGCCCACAGGGCUGCCCUGGAAAUAGCAAACGACCGGCCCGCGGUGCCUCUGCUGGCGAAAACGGAGCUCGGGAGGGCCGUGCGUGACUCCCCACUCCCUAAACUCCGUUUUCGCUGGCAGACGGUUGCAGGGAGCCGUCCCAGCCAAAAUGGAGAUUGGGAGCCCAUUUUCGAUGGCAGAGCGCUCGGUGAUCCUCCCGCCCCCACAACACAAGUGAUGUCAUACUGGCCACACCCACCUUGGCCACACCUCCCCCUCACCACCUCCCCCCACCCCCAGUCAAACACAACUCGGAUGCGGCCUUCAAUGAAAUCGAGUUUGACACCCCUGGACUAGGCCAAGGGCUCUCCAAACUUGGCAACUUUUAAGACACGUGGACUUCAAUUCCCAGAAUUCCUCAGGCGCUUUAAGACUUAGGACUUCAACUCCCAGGAUUCCUCAGUCACUUUUAAGAUUUGUGGACUUUAACACGCGGAAUCCUCAGCCACUUUGUGACUUGGGGACUUCAAUUCCCAGAAUUCCUCAGUCAUUUUUAAGACUUGUGUACUUCAACUCCCAGAAUUCCUCAGUCACUUUUCAGACUUGUGAACUUCGACUCCCAGAAUUCCCCAGUCAGUUUAAGACUUGUGGACUUUAACUCCCAGAAUCCUCAGUCACUUUAUGACUUGGGGACUUCAAUUCCCAGAAUUCCUCAGUCACUUUUAAGACUUGUGUACUUCAACUCCCAGAAUUCCUCAGUCACUUUUCAGACUUGUGGACUUUAACUCCCAGAAUCCUCAGCCAUUUUAAGAUUUGGGGACUUCAACUCCCAGAAUUCCUCUGUCAAUUUAAGACAUCUGGACUUUAACUCCCAGAAUCCUCAGUCACUUUAUGACUUGGGGACUUCAAUUUCCAGAAUUCCUCAGUCAUUUUUAAGACUUGUGUACUUCAACUCCCAGAAUUCCUCAGUCACUUUUCAGACUUGUGAACUUCAACUCCCAGAAUUCCCCAGUCAGUUUAAGACUUAGGACUUCAACUCCCAGAAUUCCUCAGUCACUUUUAAGACUUGUGGACUUUAACUCCCAGAAUCCUCAGUCACUUUAUGACUUGGGGACUUCAAUUCCCAGAAUUCCUCAGUCACUUUUAAGACUUGUGUACUUCAACUCCCAGAAUUCCUCAGUCACUUUUCAGACUUGUGGACUUUAACUCCCAGAAUCCUCAGCCAUUUUAAGAUUUGGGGACUUCAACUCCCAGAAUUCCUCUGUCAAUUUAAGACAUCUGGACUUUAACUCCCAGAAUCCUCAGUCACUUUAUGACUUGGGGACUUCAAUUCCCAGAAUUCCUCAGUCACUUUUAAGACUUGUGUACUUCAACUCCCAGAAUCCUCAGCCAUUUUAAGAUUUGUGAACUUCGACUCCCAGAAUUCCCCAGUCAGUUUAAGACUUGUGGACUUUAACUCCCAGAAUCCUCAGUCACUUUAUGACUUGGGGACUUCAAUUCCCAGAAUUCCUCAGUCACUUUUAAGACUUGUGUACUUCAACUCCCAGAAUUCCUCAGUCACUUUUCAGACUUGUGGACUUUAACUCCCAGAAUCCUCAGCCAUUUUAAGAUUUGGGGACUUCAACUCCCAGAAUUCCUCUGUCAAUUUAAGACAUCUGGACUUUAACUCCCAGAAUCCUCAGUCACUUUAUGACUUGGGGACUUCAAUUUCCAGAAUUCCUCAGUCAUUUUUAAGACUUGUGUACUUCAACUCCCAGAAUUCCUCAGUCACUUUUCAGACUUGUGAACUUCAACUCCCAGAAUUCCCCAGUCAGUUUAAGACUUAGGACUUCAACUCCCAGAAUUCCUCAGUCACUUUUAAGACUUGUGGACUUUAACUCCCAGAAUCCUCAGUCACUUUAUGACUUGGGGACUUCAAUUCCCAGAAUUCCUCAGUCACUUUUAAGACUUGUGUACUUCAACUCCCAGAAUUCCUCAGUCACUUUUCAGACUUGUGGACUUUAACUCCCAGAAUCCUCAGCCAUUUUAAGAUUUGGGGACUUCAACUCCCAGAAUUCCUCUGUCAAUUUAAGACAUCUGGACUUUAACUCCCAGAAUCCUCAGUCACUUUAUGACUUGGGGACUUCAAUUCCCAGAAUUCCUCAGUCACUUUUAAGACUUGUGUACUUCAACUCCCAGAAUCCUCAGCCAUUUUAAGAUUUGGGGACUUCAACUCCCAGAAUUCCUCUGUCAAUUUAAGACAUCUGGACUUUAACUCCCAGAAUCCUCAGUCACUUUAUGACUUGGGGACUUCAAUUCCCAGAAUUCCUGUCACUUUUAAGACUUGUGUACUUCAACUCCCAGAAUUCCUCAGUCAUUUUUCAGACUUGUGAACUUCGACUCCCAGAAUUCCCCAGUCAGUUUAAGACUUGUGGACUUUAACUCCCAGAAUUCCUCAGUCACUUUUAAGACUUGUGGACUUUAACUCCCAGAAUCCUCAGUCACUUUAUGACUUGGGGACUUCAAUUCCCAGAAUUCCUCAGUCACUUUUAAGAAUUGUGUACUUCAACUCCCAGAAUUCCUCAGUCACUUUUCAGACUUGUGAACUUCGACUCCCAGAAUUCCCCAGUCAGUUUAAGACUUGUGGACUUUAACUCCCAGGAUUCCUCAGUCACUUUUAAGACUUGUGGACUUUAACACGCAGAAUCCUCAGCCACUUUGUGACUUGGGGACUUCAAUUCCCAGAAUUCCUCAGUCACUUUUAAGACUUGUGGACUUUAACUCCCAGAAUCCUCAGUCACUUUAUGACUUGUGUACUUCAACUCCCAGAAUUCCUCAGUCACUUUGAGACUUAUAGACUUCAACUCCCAGAAUUCCUCAGUCACUUUGAGACUUGGGGACUUCAACUCCCAGAAUUCCUCUGUCACUUUAAGACUUGGGGACUUCAACCCCCCCAUCCCCCAAAUUCCUCAGCCAUUUUAAGUCCUAAAGUGAUUGAGGCAUUCUGGGAAUUGAAGUCCGCAAGUCUUAAAAGUAGCUGAGGAAUUCUGGGAGUUGAAGUUUGGAGACCCCUGGUCCAGACCUUCCAGUUCCUGUAACCAUUCAUCAUAUGUUUUAUCCUUUAGCCCCCUGGAACUUCAAACUCCUCAAAUUUGGGGUUGUGUACCUUUGCACUGAAAUUCAGCACAACAACAACAACAACAAAAAUUGGCUUUCCCCCCAUCCGAACAUCUGCUGAAGGCCAGUCCGCUCCUCCUUAUCCGAAUCCUGAUAGAUUUGGUAGCUCUUAAGUGUGGAGGACGUUGAGUUCGGAUCUUGUUCUGGGUGCUUCUGUCCUACAAAUAUUUUACUCAUUGGUGGAUCCCUCAAGAGAGUAGUCCUCUUUGAGAAGCGGUAGCUUGGUCUAUCAUGAAGAAUGACUCGGCUUGGGGACAAGGGAAUUUUCCCAAGGUAUCAAAGAAAACCAAGAUGGCAGCUGCACUCACAAGAUCAAAUAUCUUUGCCUAAUGUAGGCAAUAGUUCAUUUAGCGACCGUUCCAAAGUUACAAAGGCAUGGGGGGGGAAAAGUGACAGGACUCAGGUUUUUUUUUCCAGACUUCUGUAGCAUCCCCACAGUCACGUGAUCAAAAUGCUAGGCAAACCGACUCGCACUUACGACCGUUGCCGUGUCCCAAGGUCACGUGAUCCCCUUUUGUGACUGUCCCGACGACCCAACUCAACGGGGAAGCCCCAAUUCCCCGAACAACUGCUUGUUGACUAACUUACCAGCUGCGGUGAUUCACUUAACCACGGGGUCAAGAACGGUCAUAAAAUUGGCCGAAAACUCACUUCACAGAUGUCUCGUUGAACGACAGAAAUUUGGGCCUCUCUAUGGGUGGGUCGUAAGUCGAGGGCUUAACCUGUAAAGAAAAAAGGCUUUGCGGAUUUCUUUGGGAGACACUCCUGGGAUGGGAAACGACUCCUUCCAAGUUUUUCUUGACUAAAGGUUCAAACCAGGGGUGAAAUGCUCCCGGUUCGGACUGGAUCACCCGGUUCGGACCGGAUCACCCGAUCCGGUAGCAAUGGCGGCGGGUGAUUCAGAGAACUGGUAGCAAAAAUCCCUCCCCCCCCCAUGCCCAGCUGAGCCGUGCAAUCAUCAGAGGUUUUUUUUUUUACUUUUAAAAGCAUUUUUUCUUCGGCUGAGCAUUUUUUUUUUGCCUUUAAAUGCUUUUAAAAGCAUUUUUUUCUUCGGCUGAAAAAAUGCUUUUAAAAGUAAAAAAAAAAAGCUUUUGAUGAUCCCAACGGCUCAGCUGGGAUCGUCAGAGCUUUUUAAAAGCAUUUUUAUACAAUCUCUUCGGCCUUAAUGCUUUUAAAAGGCUCUGACAAUCUCAGCUGAGCCGCGUGAUGAUCAGAGCCUUUUUUUUUUAACUUUUAAAAGCAUUUUUUCGGCUGAAGAAAAAAUGCUUUUAAAAGAAAACAAAAACCCUCUGAUGAUCAGGCAACUCAGCUGGGAUCGUCAGAAGAGCCUUUUAAAAGCAUUUUUUUUUACAACCUCUUCGCCUGAAGAGAUUGUAGAAAAAAAUGCUUUUAAAAGUAAAAAAAAAAAAAAGUUGGCCACGCCCACCCAGUCACAUAACCCACCACCGCCACCAAGCCACGUCCACAGAACCGGUAGUAACAAAUUCUACAUUUCACCACUGGUUCAAACUGGGAAAGAAUGAUAAUACCGGUAGCAACCUAAGCUGGCCAAGGAUGAUGGGAAUUGGCAACCAGCAGGAGAACCAGAGGUGGCAUUCAGCCGGUUCUGGCGAACCGAUAGUGGAAAUUGCGGAUGGGCCCAUCCUCCUGCCCCGGCGGUAUGCUGUCCUAUUUAGCCACAUUUUCAAAGUGGGGCACACGUGAGGAAGGUAUGUGCGCGAGCACAGUGCAUGCGCCGAAGGCCGGGUGCGUGGCCGGAAGGUGCAUGUGAGAAGCGAACCUGUGGUAAAAAUAUGUGAAACUCGCCUCUGAGGAGAACAUCUUCCGGUGGUUACUCCAGCUUCAAAGUCUUAAGUCGCCUCAAGACGAAGAAGGGAGCCCGGUUCCAGCCUGAAGCGUCAAAUCGAGUUCUUCCAACACGACAACCAUUUGUGUAAUUGUUGUUUUGUGACAGUUGCGUUGGUGAGAUUUCUCUUGUCGGUUCACCGCCCGGCGUGUAUUUUUAAGCUCCUCGUGCCGGGUUGCGAAACAGUCCCGCGACUUGGAUCGUUUUAGUGCCGGUUUUGCACGACGUUUUAAAAAUGAAGUAUGUCCGUCGCAGCCCGAAUGCGGAUUUCGCCCGGUGCGAGUCAAUAAUGGCACAGUUUUGUAAUUUUUAAGGGCAGCUGGGUUCUCGAUAUUGUAAGGUGUUUGGGGUGUUUUUCCCUGUUUCGGAUGCGGAGAAGGCUAGACUUUUAAUAAGAGGAAAAGAAAACUACUUUUAUAUAUUUUUGAAAUAAAAAAAUGUGCCUUAGA